AUGGAUCUCCACGCCCCCCCCGCCCCCCCCGAGCCCCCCGCCCUCCUCCGGAGCUACCGGUGGCUGACGGCGACCCCCGGGGGGGACCCCGAAAAGUCCCCGGGGAGCCGCCGCUGGGGCUGGAAACGCUCCUACAGCCACCCCGACAGCGACAGGGGCGGCGACAGAGGUGGCGACAGAGGUGGCGACAGAGGUGGCGACAGAAGUGUCCCCAAGGCCACCGCGCGGAGGUCGCUCUUCCAAAGGGCGUUUUCCGCCCCCUCCAAGGCUCCCAAAACUUUGGGGGACCCCAAAGGAGCCCAGGGGACAUCGGGGGACCCCAAGGGACAGGAGGGGACAGCGGGGGACCCCAAGGGACAGGAGGGGACAUCGGGGGACCCCAGGGGACAGGAGGGGACCCCCCUGCAGCGGUACCUGCGCUCCGUGGGAAAGAGGAGGGGACGCGGUGACAGCGGAGCCCGAGCGGAGCUGGGGGGGCUCGAUGGGGCAGUGACGCCCCUGGGGACGUCCCCGCUGCCACCCGAUGUCACCGUGUGGGACGUGUCCCAGUUCUCGCUGGUGGACGGACACCUGGUGCCACUGGGCAGGGACGAGGAGGGCUCGUGGCGGAGCAGGACCCGCACUGGCAGUGCCACCUCCGAGGCCACCAAGCUGUCCCCAACGGGCAGGAGGGACCUGGACCAGGUCACGAGGAGCCCCGAAAAUGAGACCCCCCCGAGCUCCCAGUUCAGCAACGUCAAGGGGCUGCUGUGGAAGAGGCUCCUCCGGGACAGGAGAAUUCGCGGUGGCACCAAAAGCGACGCGGUGGCGGCGGCCCCGGAGGGUGACAGGGUCCCCAGCCGCAGCGCUUCCCGCGAGUCCCUGCUGCCACCGCCGGAGCUGGACCUGACCGGGGACAACGUCACCGUGCGGCCGGUGCACGGCAGCGUGGUGGGGGAGAGGUUCUGCUUCCAGGUGAUCACGCCCGAGGGCAGCCGCUCCUUCGGCUGCUCCUCCCUGGCCGAGCGCGACCGCUGGAUCGAGGAGCUGCGCCGGACAGCCCAGCCCAACAAGGACAACUGCGAGCGCCUGGAGCUGGCUCUGACCCUUUGGGUCUACGAGGGCCGGGACCUCCCCUCCGGCCGCCGCCUGCGCUGCCACCUCCAGCUGGACGGCGCCGUCUUCGCCCGCACCACGGCCAAACCGCCCGGCGCCGACGGCCGCCUCUUCUGGGGCGAGCUCUUCCAGCUGGCCGCGCUGCCCCCGGCGCGCGCCCUCACCGUCGCCCUGUGCCGCGACGACGCCGCCGGCCGUCCGCUGGCCGCCGUCACCAUCCCGCUGGCCGAGCUGGAUGAGCGCUGGUACCCCCUGAGCGGCGGCGGCGGCGGCGGCGGCGGCGAGCGGGCGCCGGCGGUGCGGCUGCGCGGGCGCUACCGGCGGGUGCGGGUGUUGCCCAUCGUGCGCUACAAGGAGCUGGCGGAGUUCGUCACCUUCCACUACCGGGAGCUGUGCGGCCGCCUGGAGCCGGCCAUCGCCGCGCGGCACAAGGAGGAGCUGGCCGGCGCCUUGGUGCGCGUCCUGCAGAGCACCGGCAAGGCCAAGUCGUUCCUGAUCGACCUGGGCGUGGCCGAGCUCGACCGGUUCCAGGAGCACGAGGCCCUGAUCUUCCGCGAGAACUCCUUGGCCACCAAGGCCAUCGACGAGUACAUGAAGCUGGUGGGGGCCAAGUACCUGCAGGACACGCUGGGGGAGGUGGUGGCCCAGCUCUGCAGCUCCGAGGAGAGCUCCGAGGUGGACCCCAGCAGGUGCUCGGGGCAGCUGGAGCUGUCGGAGCACCAGCAGCACCUGCGGCAGCUCUGCGAGGAGACCCUGCGGCGCAUCACCGACGGCUCCGAGUCCUUCCCGGCCGAGCUGGCCGAGGUGUUCUCGGCGUGGCGCCAGGAGUGCGCGGCGCGGGCCAAGGUGGCCAUGGGCCAGCGCCUGGUGUCGGCCUCGCUCUUCCUGAGGUUCCUCUGCCCGGCCAUCAUGUCCCCGAGCCUCUUCGGCCUGGUCCAGGAGUACCCGGCCGAGGCCACCGCCCGCACCCUCACCCUGGUGGCCAAGGUCAUCCAGAACUUGGCCAACUUCACCACGUUUGGCGAGAAGGAGCCCUACAUGACCUUCAUGAACGAGUUCCUGGAGCAGAACUGGGCCACCAUGAGCCAGUUCCUGGAGGCCGUGGCCACCCCCGAGGCCAGCGCCCACAUGGCCACCUACGAUGGCAGCGUGGACCUGGCCCUGGAGCUCGCCACGCUCCACCUGCUGCUCUGUGACAUCUUCUCCAGCCUCCAGCAGGACACGCAGGAGGAGCUGGAGCCGCUGCCCACCAUCCUCAGGGCCAUCAGGGAGGGGACACCGGUCCCUGUGUCCGUGCGCCUCAGCUCCAGCGCCAGGAGGAGCCCCUCGGAGCCCCCCAGGCCGGUUUUUGUCGCCCCGCGGGAUCUGGGCCAGCUCGGUCCCCUCAUCAAGAGCCAGUCCCUGACCAGCGUCCGGCGCGCGCGGGGCCGCGAGGAGGGGACAGCGGCGGGGACACCCCCGGAGCCACCCCCGGAGCCAUCCCCGGAGCCAUCCCCGGUACCGGGACCGGCCCCGGUUCCGCUCCGGCACCGCCGGAACGUCCAGCGGACCCAGAGCGUCCCGGCACAGGGCAAGGCCACCCGCGCUCCGGCCACUGCGGCCACCGCCGGCCACGAGCCCGAGGGGACACCGGGGGACCGAGCGGGGACCGGGGAUGGCCCGCCCCGGGGGAAGCUCCGCUCGUCGGCGUCGCUGCCCCGCAAAUCCUCGGUGCCGUGGCAGCGCCUGGCCGAGGACGCGGCGGCCCCGGGCGAGCUCUACGGGCUGCGGCCGCUCGAGAAGCACGGGCGGCUCCUGGAGGCGCUGCGGGAGGAGCUGGCGGAGCUGCGGGAGCGCCUGGAGCGGGCGGAGGCGCGGGCGGCUCGGGCCGAGGAGCAGCACCGGGAGCGCCUGGAGCGGCUCCGGGGGCAGCUGGACGAGGGCAACGCCCGAGCCGCCAACCUGGCGGCCAGGCUGACGGCGGCCGAAGGGACCCGGAGGAAGGACCUGGAGCGGCUGAAAACCAGUGAGGAGAAGGGCCGGGAACUGGAGCGGCGGCUCUCGGGGCUGGAGCGGGAGCUGCGCAGGACUUGGGGACAUCCCCGCGCUGUCCCCGUGUCCCCAAGGGGCUGCGACGAGCCCGGCGACGACGCCCAGGCCACCAGCGUGUGACGCGGAAUGUCGCCGAGAUGUCGCGACAUGUCGCCGAGGCAAUAAACGAUGGCGUUGGCACCGAGCG